GAGCCGGCUGGAGAGGAGGGCAGGCGGCCAUGCGGCACGUGGAGCAGCCGGGGCCGCCGGAGGGCGGUGGGUGGCGCCGGGCCCCUCGCCGGCAGCGCUGCGCCCUCCGCUCCCGAGCCCUUCUGCCUCCGACAGCGCUGCCCUGAAUCGGAACAAUUUACCAUGGAUACAGACAUUGACCCCAAUUCUUCAACCUCUUCACCAUCCAUGAGAAAUUGCAGCGGGCAGAACCACACCUGCAACAUGGAGAGCAACGUAGCCUAUGUGGAUUUUUACCUCCACCAGCCUCUCAUCGCUGCAGUCUUCAUCAUCUCCUACCUCCUCAUCUUCCUCCUGUGCAUGAUUGGCAAUGGAGUGGUUUGUUUCAUCGUGCUGCGGAGCAAGCACAUGCGCACUGUCACCAACCUCUUCAUCUUGAACCUCGCCGUCAGUGAUUUGCUAGUCGGGAUAUUUUGCAUGCCCACCACGUUGCUGGAUAAUAUCAUCUCUGGCUGGCCCUUUGGGAAUACUGUCUGCAAGAUGAAUGGGAUGAUCCAGGGAAUUUCCGUCUCUGCUUCUGUCUUCACUCUGGUUGCGAUUGCAGUUGACAGGUUCCGUUCCAUCGUUUAUCCAUUUAAGCAAAAGCUCACCAUAUCGACGGCCAUCGUCAUCAUCAUCGUCAUCUGGGUUUUGGCUGUUGCCAUUAUGUGCCCAUCUGCUGUGAUGUUGAAGGUGGAGGAGGAAAAGCAUUUCAGGGUGAUCCUUGGUGACGGCGACAAAACCAGCCCGAUAUACUGGUGCCGGGAAGACUGGCCUAACCAGGACAUGAGAAAGAUCUAUACAACGGUCCUCUUUGCCAACAUCUACUUGGCUCCCCUUUCUCUCAUUGUCAUCAUGUACGCUCGGAUAGGGAUCACUCUCUUCAACACGGCUGUCCCCAGCUCCGGGAAGCAGGGCCACGAACGCCACUCGGUUUACAAAAAGAAGCAGAAGGUCAUCAAGAUGCUCAUCGUCGUGGCCUUGCUUUUCAUCCUCUCGUGGCUGCCUUUGUGGACCUUGGCGAUGCUGUCGGACUACGCCGACCUGACCGAAGACCAGUUGCAAGUCAUCAAUAUCUACGUCUACCCUUUUGCUCAUUGGUUGGCCUUCUUCAACAGCAGUGUCAACCCCAUCAUCUAUGGGUUCUUCAAUGAGAACUUCCGGAGAGGUUUCCAGGCAGCCUUCAGGUUUCAGCUUUGCUCGGGGGAUGUGAUGCCCCGGGAGAUCUAUUCCCAGCGGGGACAAAGCAAUGCCAUUUUACCAGCAGCUGUUCCCCAACAAAUGGCUCAGCAUCUGACAUCCGCAGGAAGACAAGCUCAGAAAGGAAACUGGAUGGACAAAACGCAAGUGUUGAUGCUGGAAGAUCUAGAAAAGGCAGCAAAUAACAAUGGGCUUAAAACAGACUUGCUAUAAACUACCUCAUCCUUUUUAGUUUGGUGUCCAGUCUUGACAAUUAUCUUGCUAUUCAAGCCCGACCUGGCAAAAAUCAGUAGCUGUUUUGGGACUUUGCUGCUUGGCCUUUUUGUAAAAUAUUUGGUUGUCUUGGAAAAUAUAGGACAGUCUGUUCUUGAAUCAGGAAUGAUUCUAUUGCAGAAGACAGCCGAAGCGGCUGUCGAAGUCUUGCUCUCAGGUAGGCUCUGGAUCCUAUUUAGAGACAGUUGAUCGCAAAAAAUUAUAAUGUAAAUAACAGAAAUGCUUCAACCACCAUUUUAAUUGAAACAAUAACUUUUCAGACUUGGAAGUCCUUCCAGUAGAAAAAGCAUCCAACCGUGUUCUAGAAACUAGUAAGAAUUUUUACAUUUAAAAUUCUUUCCUUCCCUUAUAAAGCAAAUAUGACCUUCAAUAGAAUCGUUUUAUUGGGUGCAUUCCUAAAACAGUCACCUGAUCUGAAACUCAGCUGUAUUCCUGAAGAAGACAGAUGUGGAAAAAUUGAACUUCAUAAUUUUGAUCCCUCUUUGUUUUGUCGGUUAUACAUGCACCUGUGUUUUAUUCGCUGACAUUCUAGAACAGGGGUUCCCAACCUUUAUGAGCCUGCCGGAACCUUUGGAAUUUUGAGACAUGGUGAUGGGUGCAACAACAAAAUGGCUGCCAUGGGAGGUGGAACCAAUCACAAAAUGGCUGCCACAAAACAUGGAGGCCACCACAAAAUGGCUCCCAUAAGAGACAGAGCCAAUCACAAAAUGUCAGCAAGUGAGUUCAUGCAUAGCUCUAAUAGUAACUCUUAACAUUUCAGGCAGAAGCUCUGUUUAACAGGAUGCCUUGUAAAAUGUACAUAUUGUUUAAAAAUAUUUUCUUGCAUACACAAAGUUUACCUUCAGUUAUGCAACAAAGAUCCUUGUGCUGUGGUGGCAGCUGCUGCCAAGCAAUGUUUUUAAAAAUCUCCCCAGCCCCUCAGAUCUCCAAUGGCAAAAGUCCCACUUAGCCCCACCCACUCUCUAAAAAAAAACCUGGUGGGAGUUGUAGUGCCCAGCGGCGCCAUGUUGGGGACUCCUGUCCUAGGGGAUG